GUGAUUGGGGAUGGAUGUACAGUGUAUGUACAGAGCCUUGUUCACAGCUACUGUGAAUCAAACCUUCCUUAGAUCUACAAAUCCCUUAAAUAACCAUCUGGUACAUUCUCCAGGUGUGCUGUGGCAGCCGGGGCACGGGAAGGUGACAAAGUGGGACAGAACUGUAAAUUUAAGCCCUAAAGCCUGUGCUGUGUUCAGCAGGCUUGAGAGCGAAGGUUAAAUAAUGGUAGAGAAUGAACGGCAAGUUCUUAUUUAUGUUUCUGUGGUCCCUGGUGUUAUUGAAUAUAAUACCAUCACUAUUUAUGGAACUGGAUUGUAUCUUUGACCCCUUUCCAGGGCUGUUUUACCCGCAGCCAGAGGAUGACAUCUCCAGCAGGCGGUUGUGCUGGGAAAUGGUACAAAAUUGCAAACACAUUAAAUUGGCUUCACUGACCGUGUUGGGUUGCAGAUAUUCAUCUUUCACAUGUGUUCGCGAGUUCUCCGCUGUCCUGUCUGCAGCCUCUUUAAGUGGGAAACCUCAUUGCUUUCUUUAAAGAGUGACUUAAACAGGAAUUACGGGGUUGGCUUUAUGUUCGCUGACUUUGCACCGUGCUCAGAGCACUGUUUUCUAUCGGAGACGUCCCUUCUUGCUGCACCCCAGCCGGGGGUAAGUUGUCUCCUGUCCAGGGUGGUCACCUGAAGCACAGCCUGGGAGCUGUGGCUGGAGCAUUAAUCCCCAUCCCUGGACACUGAGCUGUGUCCUGGAGAGGGAGCCACACUCCAGGAUCUGCCUGCCAGGCUCCCUUUGCCUCUUCCAUUCCUGUUUGGGUGCCCUGAUGUCUGCAGGUUCCACCUGGACAUCAAAGUCCAGGUCCCGCGUUCCCAGCACCCCGCUUGCCAAAGCUGGACCCAAGGAGAGGAUCGGGUAGGCGUGAGGAGAGCUGUUGGGUAGCAGCAGUGAGUUUGCACUGAAGGACUGGGAGCAGCCUCAGGGUUUCCAACGGUACGAAAAGUCCUAGGUUUUAAAAUUCUGACAGGAAAACAGAGGUCUGAAUUUAUUGUAUCCUGGAGCUCUCGCUAUUGUUAAAAAGCAUUUUUAUGUGAUUGCCUUUCUUCUCCAAGAAGAAUAAAAGAUGAUGUCUUCCCAUCUGUUACACUUGGCAGAUGCUUUACUUUUAAGUGGAAACUUCAGCCCCUCUUCCCUUCUCUUUUCUCUGACCUAAAACUGAUGUGGCUUGGGGAGGGUUCAGGUGUUAAAAGCAGCUGCCUCAGUUUCUUCCAAGAGCUGCCAGCUUUGGGGCACAGUUCAUUGGUGACUUUAGUCUUGACGUAGUGGUUGUCUUCCAGUGGCAAAAUACAUCCAUGACACAGCCACUGGAACUACCCAACCUUCUUCUCUGGCUUCUCUCUCAGAAAUCACCUCUUGCCGAAGGGCAGCUCUCCUUGGGCCACCGCAGGGCAGUGGAGCAGUGUUUGGCUCCUGCUUGCCUUCCUUUUUGCCUUCAGUGAGGGUUUGCCAGCAGGUUCUCGGGGCAGGAGAGUUUUAGUGCAGCUCCUGCUCCGUUCUCUUCACCCAUGUCGUACAGUGUCCAGCUAUUGUGUGCCCAUCCUUCUGGGAAGGAAGGCAAGAGACAGUUCAGCCCUCUGGAAGCUCCUCACUCCUCACCGUUGCUGCCAAGACUGGCAAUAACAACCAGGAUACUUGGAGCAGUGUUUUGGAAGAGGAAACUCUGCAGUGAACCAUCUCAGAAUCAGGCUUGGGAACAUGUCUCUCCCAUUUCUCAUUUCACUGGAGCUGGUGGACACUCAGCUUCAGCAAAACCCUUAUCAACGCCUCUUUUUGUGCCGCUUCCAUGUGCAUUAGGGAAUUUGGUGAGAAAAGGUGGUGAGCAAUUGAGUCUUGUUCCCCAACUCCCUCUCUCCUGCCCCUGGGGAUGGGGUGUCAAGAGCAGUGGAGCUGCUGAGUGAGGUUGGAUGUCUCCCUCUUUGUUUUACGUGUCGUGGAGUUUCCUUGGGAAGCGAUCAGCUCUGUUAUCCGUCAGAGGAAAGAUGAAAUCUCUGUAGGAUGUUUUUAGAGCUGCUGGGAAGGAGGUGUUAGGUGGUGUGCACUGAGAUGGACUUGGGUAGUGCAAAAGAGUUGGCUUUGGAGAAACAAACCCGACCCCUUUCUGCUACUGUUCUGCAGGUUCCCCCUCCUCUGCUCGGGGCUGGACACAGCUGGUGGGAGGGAUUUCUGCCUGUCAGCAAGGAAAGAAACAAGAGAGCAUGUGAGGGAUCGGAGCUGGACCUGGGGAAGGCAGGAGGGAAGUUUUCCUACUCCUUUGAAACGCAGGGAAGCUGCUCUUAGUGCGCGUGUGUGCAGGAGGUACCCGAUCCCAUCUCCAGAGGGCUGCAGGAUGGAUUCAGCUGUGAGGAUGGGGUAAACCAGCUCUCUGCCUGCUUUUGGUAGAGCCCUCUGGGAGGUGGAUUUCUCCGUGCGAGGGAAAGCACCCCUCCUUUUGCUUUUCCCUUGCUGAGAGCUGAUUUUUGCAUUGCCUUGUGAAGAGGAUUGCGACUUCAGAGCGGCCAAGCCCACAUGGGGCUUCCUUACUGAAAAGAACCCAGAUGUUGUGAGCCACCAGGUCUUUGGGCUCUGUCGAGGAACAAACUCCAGGAGGAAAAGUCACUUCAGUGCAUUUCACUGCAAGCAAAUGACUGUAAGAAGCCAGGUUUGUUUUUGGGAAAAACACAGGGACGAUCUGCACUAUAACCAUCUCCCAUGGACUGAAGGAACUUGCUGAGCCGAACCCAUAUGGGAGGAAGCACCCAGGAGCAGUAAAUCUGCUCUCCCAGGGCAAGGAUUCCGUGUGCUCCUGCAGCGUUGUUGUUCACAAAAGAGGCACCGUCGAGUUGAGAACGGGAACUCGCGCUCGAGGAGGCUGUGGGAUUUUCUGGGCACCCACUGGGAGCACCUUGGGCAAAGAGGAGCUGUUGCGAUGGGGUUUCACGCGGUGGCACUGUCAUUCGUCCUUGCGUUGCGAGUAUCUGCUCUUGCUUCUGCCAACACGCUUCAACCCCACAUGCCAAACGUCUGCGCGGAGCAGGAGCUGGCGAUCGUGGGGCACCGGCAGCCGUGCGUCCAAGCCUUCACCCACACAUUCAAAGUCUGGAAGCAGGACUGCGGAGGACGGCGCUGGUGCACGGGCUAUGAGCGGAGAACGGCGUAUUACACGGGCUACAGGCAGGCGUACAAGAUGGGAUUCCAGACCGCGUACCGGUGCUGCCCGGGAUGGGCCCAGCUCGGAGGCGACGCCGGCUGUCUCUACCCGGUCUGCAGUGAUGGGGUUUGUUUCAACGGUGGGAAAUGCACGGAGGGAUCCUCGCAGCUCUGCCACUGCGCCACUGGUUUCCAAGGACCUCGCUGUCAGUACGAUGUGAACGAGUGCGAGGUGGGCAACGGUGGCUGCGAGUCCCAGUGCCGCAACACCAUCGGGAGCUUCUACUGCAAGUGUACAGCGGGGCUGAGGCUGGAGCAGGACGGGAGGACGUGUGCAGAUGUUGAUGAGUGCCAGGUCCACAACGGCGGCUGCCAGCACAGAUGUGUGAACACCCUUGGAUCUUAUUAUUGUGAGUGCAAGCCGGGCUUUCGCCUGCACGCAGAUGGCAGGACCUGCCUUGCUGUGAACACGUGCGCCCUCAACAACGGCGGCUGUGAGCAUGACUGCGUGCAGGUGACGCCGACCCAGCACCAGUGCCAGUGCCGGCACAAUUACCAGCUGCGGGAAGACGGCAAACGCUGCGUCUUGAGGAACCCCUGCGCCGACAGGAACGGGGGCUGCAUGCACCGGUGCCACAACCACCGCGGAACAGCGCGCUGCGAGUGCCACCCUGGCUACCGGCUGGCGCCUGACAGUAAGGGCUGCGAAGACGUGAAUGAAUGUCUGACUGGAGCAGCCAUGUGUGCACACCAGUGCCUCAACACUCACGGCUCCUUCAAGUGUACCUGUAAUCCGGGCUACGAGCUAGGGGCCGACGGCAGGCAAUGCUAUCGGAUAGAAAUGGAGAUUGUGAACAGCUGUGAGGCCAACAACGGUGGCUGCUCCCACACCUGCCACCACACCAGCUCCGGCCCAGUCUGUACCUGUAACUUCGGCUAUCGGCUUGAGCAGGACCAGAAGACAUGCACUGAUAUCAACGAAUGUGACAAUGGUUCUCACUGUUGUCAGCAAGACUGUUACAAUUAUCCCGGAGGCUAUGAGUGCGCUUGCUAUGCUGGAUUCAGGCUGAGCACGGACGGCUGUGGCUGUGAUGAUGUGGACGAGUGCUCUUCAAGUAACGGUGGAUGUGAACACAUGUGCCAGAAUCAGCUGGGGUCAUUCCAAUGUGGCUGUGACAUCGGGUACAAGCUGCACGAUGACCGCAGGAGCUGCAUCGCUAUUGAGGACGCUGUGGAAGCUCUGGAUGCUGGGCACCCAGUUAUCCGCCCGAUCCCUCACGUUGCAGUCCUGCGAGAUGAAUUUACCCAGCUCUUUAAUGAUGAUUAUGAAGAAGAGGAAGAAGAGAUGGAAGCAAGAGGAGAGCACACCCUCUCAGAAAAAUUUGUCUGCCUGGAACGCACGUUUGGCCCUGACUGCAGCCUGACCUGUGAAGACUGCCAAAACGGAGCCCCGUGCAACGUGGAGGAGACCGGCUGCGACUGCCCCGCGGGCUGGACCGGCGUCCUCUGCAACCAGACUUGCCCAGCCGGCACCUUCGGGAGGAACUGCAGCCUGGUCUGCCUCUGCCAGAACGGUGGCACCUGCGACGCCGUCACGGGUUCCUGCCGCUGCCCGCCCGGGGUGACCGGCGAGCUCUGCCAGGACGGGUGCCCUAAAGGAUUUUUUGGGAAACAAUGCAGGAAAAAGUGUAACUGUGCCAACCGCGGUCGUUGCCAUCGGAUUUACGGGGCCUGCCUGUGCGAUCCUGGCUUAUACGGACGGUACUGCCAUUUAGUUUGCCCCAAGUGGGCGUUUGGCCCCGGCUGCUCCGAAGAGUGCCGCUGCGUACAGCAGAACACGCGGGACUGCGACCGGAGGGACGGCUCCUGCCGCUGCAAACCCGGCUAUCGUGGCAAGCGCUGUGAGACGAGCUGUGACCCUGGCUACUACGGGGACGGCUGCCAGAAGAGAUGUAGCUGCUCUCCAGAAGUGCCUUGUGACCAUGUCACUGGGGAGUGCCGGACAGAGUGUCCCCCGGGCUUCCACGGGGAGAGGUGCCACCAAGAGUGUCCGGAGGGGAAGUUUGGAGCAGGUUGCCGGCAGUCCUGCUCCUGUGGUGGAGCGCCCUGCGACCGGACCACGGGGCAGUGCUUUUGCCUGCCAGGCUGGACAGGACACGACUGCGGCCAAGCUUGCCCUGAAGGCCAAUGGGGACUGGGCUGCCAGGAGAUAUGUCCCGAGUGUGCCAACAACGCCAGCUGUGACCCCACCACGGGAGCCUGCCUGUGCCCACCCGGCUACACCGGCCCUCGCUGCCAGGACGUGUGUCCACCUGGCUGGUUUGGCCCAGACUGCCAGCUGAGCUGCAGCUGCGGGAACGAUGGACAUUGCCAUCCUGCGACGGGGACGUGCAGCUGCGCGCCGGGCUGGACGGGCCGUAACUGUCAGAGAGGCUGCGAUGCCGGGCGCUGGGGCCCCGACUGCGCUCACACCUGCGACUGCAGCAACAGCGACGGGAGCUGCAACGCGGUGACGGGGCAGUGCGUCUGCGAGGCCGGCUACACAGGCGGCCGCUGCGAAAAGAAGUGCCCGGACGGAUGGUUUGGGCUGAGCUGCCGGCACCGGUGCCAGUGUGACAACGGGGCUGCCUGUGACCACGUCAGCGGAGCCUGUACCUGCAGCCCAGGCUGGCGAGGAACCUUCUGUGAGCAUGCUUGUCCUGAUGGAUUUUAUGGACUGGAAUGCCGGGAAACCUGUGACUGCCUGAACGGUGCCCGCUGUGACCCUGUAACGGGCCAAUGCCACUGUCUCCCUGGCUGGGACGGCCCCCGCUGUGGUCAGGCGUGCCAGGAGAACAGGUACGGCGAGAACUGCAGCCAGGCAUGCAACUGUUUCAACAACGCCACCUGCAACCACAUCAGCGGCCAAUGUCUCUGUGCAGCCGGAUGGACGGGACCCACGUGCCAGCAAGUGUGCCCAGUGGGUUUCUAUGGGAGGAGCUGCCGCCAGCGCUGCCUCUGCCAAAACGGUGGCACGUGUGACCCUGCCACAGGGCUCUGUGCUUGCCCCGAGGGGUGGACGGGGCUCGCCUGCGAGCUGGAGUGUGUGCAGGGACGGCACGGGGCCGACUGCCGGCAGCGCUGUGAGUGCCAGCACGGGGGGCUCUGCGACCGCCAGAAGGGCCACUGCGUCUGCCAGCCGGGCUGGAUGGGCGAGAAGUGCGAGCACCCCUGUCCAGAGGGGCUGUUCGGGGCACGCUGCGAAGAGCACUGCGACUGUGGGGACAACGUUUCGUGCCAUCACAUUACUGGUGCUUGCGAUUGCCCCCGCGGCUGGAGGGGACGGCGCUGCGAGAAAGCCUGCCUGCCAGGUUCGUUCGGGAAGAACUGUGCCAACCGCUGCGCCUGUCCCCGGGGAGUGCCGUGCGAUCACAUCACCGGCCGCUGCGGCUGCCCGCCGGGCUUUACGGGCUCUGGAUGUGAAAAACCCUGCCUGCCAGGGACCUUCGGUGAGGGCUGUGCUCAGAUCUGCCAGUGCGCCGGAGCCAGCCAGGAGUGCCACCCGGUCACCGGCGCCUGCCUCUGCGCCCCCGGCACCCACGGCCCUGCCUGCCAGCUGGCCUGCUCGCCGGGGUGGUACGGCCACAACUGCGAAAGACCCUGCAAGUGCAAGAACGGGGGCCAGUGUGACAUUGCCACGGGGAUGUGCCACUGCCCGCCCGGCUUCAUCGGUGCUGACUGCGGUGUUGGAUGUCCUUCUGGUCGCUACGGCAAGGACUGUGAGGGGGUGUGCUCCUGUGGGGACGGCGCUACCUGUCACCACGUCACUGGAGACUGCGUUUGCCCACUGGGAAGAGUUGGUGCCAACUGUGAGCAAGGCUGUGAGAAGAACCGCUAUGGGCUGGGCUGCCAGCAGACCUGCUCCUGCCGCAACGGGGGACUGUGUGAUCCCGCUGACGGCUCCUGUACCUGUGCGCUAGGGUGGAUGGGAAAAUCCUGUGAAUUAGAAUGCCCGCCGGGAAUGUACGGUGCCAACUGCCAGCUCCGCUGUGCCUGCCUGCACAACUCCACCUGUGACCCGGUGACGGGCAUCUGCCGCUGCUCCGCAGGCCACUAUGGGCCCCUGUGUGAACACAGUUGUCCGCCGGGUUUCCAUGGAGCUGGCUGCCGGGAGCGCUGCGACUGUGAGCACGGAGCAGGCUGUGAUCCAGCCAGCGGUCGCUGUCGGUGUCCCACUGGGCUUCGUGGCAAGCGCUGUCAGACAGCAGGCUGCCAGGAAGGAACGUACGGCGAGGGAUGCCAGCAGCUCUGCGACUGCGCCAGCAACGCGCCCUGUGACCCAACCACGGGGCGCUGCCUCUGCCCCCCCGGCAAAACCGGCCCCAAGUGCCGCUCAGACUGCCGGCCCACCAAGUAUGGCCCAGACUGCAGCCUGACCUGCCAGUGUGCCCCCAGCAGCGCCUACUGCAAUGCCCGGAAUGGCCAGUGCCGCUGCCUGAACGGCUACCUGGGACCGACGUGCCGGGAAGCUGUGCAGCCCCUGGCACCCACCGGGUCCCCUCUGCUCCAGCCGGGCGAGCACUAGGUCCUGCAGCCACCAGCAGCGCUUCCUCCAUGUGACCAAGCAGCCACCUGGAAAAGCCAAGGACAGAUUUAACCAUCUUGUUUACAAGUCACAUGAGCGGUUACCAUUUUCUGACAGACUAAGCUGCCGCUUUUGGAGUUGUCCGAGUGAGGCUGAAGCACCGAGUGGAACCAGAUCACCACGGCGGCACGGGUUGGCCUCUGGGCACUCACGCUAACACCGGCACACAACCUCAGCCAGAAGGACAAACAGUUCAGAAGUGAUUGCUUCUGGUGAGCGGACUUGAACAGCUCAUGGGAGCUGAAAUUAUGGUCAAACUUCCCCCCCCACCUCCAGGUAUUUAUGCAACAAUAUUUAUGGGGAUGCUGCACAACAGCGUUGUCAGAACCUCUCCUGGCAUUGUGCCUCCUGAGGAAGCGCCGCCUCACUUGAAUCUUUAUUUGUAAUUUGAAUUUGCAAUGGUCUUGUACUGUAAAUCAUUAUUUGCCAUGGGGAGAAGACGUUGGGCACCCCUCUCUGCAGAGCCAGUGCCUACAGCCCCAUCCUCUCCUGUCUGCGGGGCCCCCAGUUUGCAUUCCCAGUGAUGGGCAUUUGCAUCCUGGUUGGCAGCACUGUCUGCUCCCGAUGAGCUUUGAAGGGCGCCAGGAGCAUUUCAGCCCCCGUGGGCUGCACACGGUGUUUGCUCACCAAAAAUCAAGCCUAAAUUAGGCGUAAUAAUCUGUAUGGAGAGAGACAAAGCUCUUGCAUGGUCCAGUAAAUGCAAAUCCCUGUUUAAGUGUUCUCACCCCGGCUCUGACCCUCUGCAUUACAUUUCCAUCCCAGUUGAACCCAGGAGCUGGGACAGAGGUAGGAGGAAGAGCCAGGAGGCUGCACAGCCACAGUCAGCUCCUGGCUCGGCCAUGAGAGCAAAGCCAUGGCAAAAGCUCAGCUGCCACCCUGCAGCAACAGGGAACACCAUCGCCCCAUUCCUAUUCCUGAUGGAAUUUUAUUUUAAUCUGUAUAUAACUUGUAAUUUUUUGCUAAUUCUUAUUUUAUUUCUUCCUUAACAGUAUUUUUUGCAUUAGAUACCGUUCUUGUGAAGAAAUAUUAAUAUAAUUCUGUAGUGAAGGACCAAAAUUGUGUAAUUAAGGUUGUAUGAUUGGUAACCAAGGAGUAGGAAGAUGUUGUCCACGUGCCAAACGGCCCUGACGGACCCUGUCAGUCUUGCUGCCGACUCUCCAGACAAUCAUAGGUUUUGUUACAUUUGCCUCUAUGUGACCAUUGCACAGGUUUCUAUUUAUUUCCUGGGCUCUGCUCCAGGAGAGCACAAAAACAUACCCUGACCUUAAGCAUCAGGAUAGAUGGAUCCUGUCCCGUUAGAGCAUGAAACCCUGAGCUGAGCUCCUGGCAGCUGCUUGGAGUAAACCACACGUCUGAGCAUCUUUCUGACAGCAGCCACAGCAACUCUGUACCUGUACUUUUUGUAUGAUAAUUUUUUUUUCCAUUCUUAUUUCCUGAUACAGUUUUGCUUCCUCUUUCCAUACCACCACUGUCACUCUUUUUGGAUCUCAUCUCCUCUAAUUUAGCACUGAUGAAAACUUUUACUUCUUCCACAGUUAAAUAAACAGAAAGCGUCACUGAAUUUCUGGCUUUAUGGUCUCUCUCUUAUUCAGUUACCCUUGAAAUGUGCAGCUUUUUAAUUAGGACACCCGUCACGGCUA